AUGCGAUUUCAAAGCUCAUCAGUGGGAUACCCAAAGCAGGAGUACCCACUCACAAUCUUCCUAGAACCAACUGCUUCAACUAUUGUAUUUGGAUGCCCAGGGAUCCCACGUAGUAUACCAAGAAUAGAAACAAUAAUUCACAUUAGAACAGCAAAUGGCUCAUCUUUCAUGAUACGAUCAGUUUCAAUUGUUCUAAUAACUCGUCAGAAAGUGACUGUCCCAGCCAAGCUUGGAAGUACAGAAGCGUUUAAAGAGUUUAAGAUAUAUGAAGAUCCAUUGGCAUUUAGACCAAUGAAUGGGUUCUCUCAACAUGUAUUAGGAGUAGAUUUGCCAGUAAUGAUACCUGUACCAAAGGACAUAAUACCAAGUGGGUAUCUGCCGACACUUGGAGCGUCUACAACACAUUAUCUUGCAAUUAAAGUGGUGACCGGUGAGACCAGUGGAGUUGAGGCAUCAUAUAUUGAUACCUUUCCUAUUGUCAUCAAAACAUACGAUACUUUACCGCUAUACCGGCAAUUCAAUGAACCAGUGGUUGAACAGCAUAAAUCGCAAGAUAAUCAAGUCUUGGCAGAAGUAAUUGUGCCUGUUACAUCAGUUGGUCCUGGUGAUGAUCUUGAUCUACAUUGCAAACUACUGACCAACUCAGCCAAUAAUAAGGUGAAGAAGCACCUAGCAACAAAGCAAGUUACUUUUCAAUUAAAGGAGUAUUUGGAAUGUUUUGAUGGCGGACUACCUCCCAAAAAGGAGAAUAAGUUAUACACAAAGACACUGCAGUUGAACAAGGAAAUAAAUACUCAAGGAGUAACUGAACAUUUUAGUAUAAAGUUUCCCCAACUUAACGAUAAUUUGGAAGUUUACUAUGAUCCAGAGCCAUACAUCAUCGAAAAUGAAGUCUUUGUCGAUAACGACACCACAAUUGUUGAAUCAACAAAUAUUGCAACUCACAAAACUAUUGAAAGAAUUCCCGAAGGUCUUCCCAUUACCCAUCUUCAAAGUUACACCGUCUCGGGUAAAUUCUAUUCGAUAAAAUUUGAGCUCAUUUUAAAGAUCAAAUUAUCAAAAGCUAAGGACUUUGAUAUUCAUUUACCUCUAACAGUUUGUCCAUUUGAUAGAAAAUCAAGUUCAAAUUUACUCAAAUGGAUUAUGCAUGAAUGUGAAGUUGCCAAAGCUCGAUUUGGUCGUGAAUUUAUUGACCAGUUCUUCUCCGCUGGAAACUAUGAUGCUAUAUGUACUUUGAUGAAUCGAUACAAGCUACCGCCAGUGGUUUACAAAAAUUGUAAAGAAGAUUGGAUUAAAUUGGGGUUUGCGGGAGACCAGUUUGGUGAUUGUGACAUGAAAAAUUUAGUGUCGUAUAUCGAUUAG